AUGAUUGGAUUGCAGGAUUUCGAAGUGGAUAUGUAUUUGGCGCUAGGAUGGUACGAUCGAAGGCUGGCGCAUAAUUGCACACAUCCGAUUCUGGUGGCACACAAAUUCAUCGCUGACCGUUUAUGGCAUCCUGACUUGUAUUUUGUUAACUCUAAAUUCGCCUACCUCCAAGAGGUCACCACACCCAAUUUUAUGGUGAUCGUUUAUCCAGACGGUCUGAUCUUCAAGUCGAUGAGGAUAGACGUGACGUUGUCAUGCAUGAUGGAUUUACAAAGGUUUCCAAUGGACAAACAAGAAUGUCCCCUAGUGAUACAGAGCUAUGCAUAUGUUGAGAAUAUAUUAAAUUUGACUUGGCACGAGGAUCCACCAUACUUCCCAAUUGGAAGCAAUAGUGAGAUCAAAUUGAAUGAUAUGGUCAUCACGAAUACAAGAUUUGAAAAAUGCAGUGGACCGUAUCCAAUGUUUCGUGGCUCAGGUAAUUGGUCGUGUAUUCGUGCGUUGAUAGUAAUGAGGCGUCUGGUGCUCUUUCAUAUCAUUCAAACGUAUAUUCCAACCGGAAUGCUAGUCUCAAUCUCAUGGAUGAGUUUCUGGCUGGAUCCACGAGCCUCACCGGCAAGAGUAUCGCUAACGAUCACUUCACUUCUCACACUCACAACGAUGAGUAACGGAGCUAGGCAAGAUCUACCGCAAGUCAGUUUGAUCUGUUCAGAAAUUUCAAAUUAUCUUUUUGUAUUCUGCAAUAUUACCUGGAUUGGCCAGGUUAUCGAACGUUUGUAA